GAACAAAAUCGAACCCGCCCGGAAGGAACCACUCCCCUUCCCCUUCACGUCCUCCCCGCCCCGACGAACUCGCCGCCGCCUCCGCGCCGCCGCGUGAUCGCCCCGCCUCCCAUGCCGCCGCCCCGGCUCGCCGCACCCUUCCCCUGAGAGAGAGCGCGCAUCCACGCCGAUCGCGCCGCGCCGCGCCCACCAUGGCGCCCGCGGCCCUCCACCUCCUCGCGAUCCUCUGCCUCGCCGGGGCGGCGUCGGCGGCGGAGUGCGGCGCGAACACGAGCCUGGCGGGGCACCACGCGGACCUUCGCAUGUCGCAGCACCAGCUCCGCGGCCGCGUGGAGGUGCUCGACGGCUGCUCGUUCCGCGUCGCCGGGCUCGACCUCCUCCCGGGAUCGGCCUCCGCGCGGUGGUGGCGCGCGGACGGGACCGAACUCGACGCCCUCGCGCGCGGCGAGCCGGCGGCCGCAGACCCGCUGGACCGCACGUUCCGGUCCGAGUCCCUCGUGUUCCGCCUCCUCCCGGGCGUCUCCUGGACGCGCGUCCCCGUCCUCGCCGCCUACGACCCCCUCACCUCCUCACUCUUCGGCUUCGUCCGCCUCUCCGGCGCCAACGCCUCCUCCGAUCCCUCAUCCUCCUCCGCCUCCGCGGCGCCCACCAUGCUCGACUCCUGCGCGCAGCUCUCCCCGCGCUUCCGCGUGCGGUGGACGCUCCACGAGGCGAACAACUCCGUCGACAUCGGCCUCGAGGCGGCCGUCGGGUCCGAGUACUACAUGGCGUUCGGGUGGGCGCAGCCCGGCGUGGCCAAGCCGUCCGUGAUCGGCGCCGACCUCGUCGUCGCCGGCUUCACCGAGGACGGCCUCCCGUUCGCCGACGACUACUACGUCACCAAGAACAGCGAGUGCCUGCUCCGCGAGGACGGCUCGGUCGAGGGCGUCUGCCCGGACACGAUCUACGGCCGCAACGACUCCGCCGCCCUCGUCAAUGACACGCGCCUCGUCUACGGCCACCGCCGCGACGGCGUCUCCUUCGUGCGCUUCUCGCGCCCGCUGGUGUCCAAGGACUCGAAGCACGACGUCGCCGUGAACGCCACCCGGAACAUGACCGUGGUCUGGGCGAUCGGGCUGCUGCGGCCGCCGGACUCGCUCCGGCCCUACUACCUGCCGCUGCUGAGCCGCGGCGCGUCCGCGGGCACGGCGUUCGCCUUCGCCAAGCUCAAGUUGUCGCACGCCGGCAGCGAGUGCGUCGGGCCGUUGGACGCCGACGACAAGGAGGACCAGGCCAGGAUCACGUCGGAGCGCAAGACGCCGCUGGUCGUGACGGUGGGGCCGGCGCUGCACUAUCCCAACCCACCCAACCCCGACAAGGCGCUCUACAUCAACAAGAAGGAGGCGCCCCUGCUCAAGGUGGAGCGCGGCGUGCCGGUCACCUUCUCCAUCGAGGCCGGGCACGACGUGCCGUUGUACAUCACGUCUGAUCCUGUCGGCGGCAACGCCACGUCCAGGAACACCACCGAGGUCAUCUACGCCGGCGGACCGAAUGCGGAGGGCGUGCCGGCAACACCGACGGAGCUCGUCUGGUUGCCCGACCGGAACACGCCGGACCUGGUGUACUACCAAUCCUUGUACGAUCAGAAGAUGGGCUGGAAAAUUCAGGUGGUCGAUGGAGGCCUCAGCGACAUGUACAACAACAGUGUUCUACUGGACGAUCAGCAGGUGACGUUCUUCUGGACUCUCUCUGGCGACUCCAUUAACAUUGCUGCCCGAGGUGAGAAGAAGAGUGGUUACCUUGCAAUCGGCUUCGGCAGCGCAAUGGUGAACAGCUAUGCUUAUGUCGGGUGGGUCGAUGGCAAUGGCAAGGGGCAUGUCAAAUCUUACUGGAUCGACGGGAAGGAUGGGAUGAGUGUGCACGAAACACACGAGAAUGUUACGCACAAGAGAUGCCGAUUGGAAAAUGGCGCCAUCAUAUUUGAGUUCACUCGUCCGCUAACACCUUCGUGCAGUGGAAGGGUGGAAUGCAAGAACUUGAUCGACCCGACGACUCCUCUGAAGGUCAUCUGGGCAAUGGGUGCUCAAUGGUCAUCAGGCCCCCUGAGUCUGAAGAACAUGCACUCGGACACAAGCAAUCGUCCUAUCAGGAUUCUUCUGCUGAGCGGUUUGGCUGAGGCAGUGGAGGACCUGCGCCCGGUGCUUGCUGUUCAUGGGUUUAUGAUGUUUGUGGCAUGGGCUAUUUUGUUCCCAGGGGGGAUCAUGGCUGCGAGAUACCUGAAACAUCUGAAAGGCGAUCUCUGGUUCCAGGCUCACAUCUAUCUGCAGUAUUCAGGCAUAGCUGUCAUGCUCUUGGGCGUUCUGUUUGCAGUUGCUGAGCUCCGAGGUUUCUCUUUCAGAUCCAGACAUGCUAGAAUUGGCGCAGUAGCGUUUACAUUCGCAUGUGUGCAGCCAAUAAAUGCGUAUCUCAGACCGCAUAGAACGGAGAAUAGAGAAUCAUUAUCAAGAAAUAGGAUCGCUUGGGAGUAUCUGCAUCAUUUUACCGGGAGGUCUGCUGCCCUUGCUGGUAUCGUGGCUCUCUUUACCGGCUUGCAGCACCUUGGGCACAGGUAUGGCAGUAAGAACAUCAAGGGACUUACAUGUGGGCUAAUCUUAUGGUUUUUGAGCGUCGCUUUGGUUGCGGCUUAUUUCGAGUACUUGGCGAUUAAGCGGAGAAGAGAUGGCGCUGAUGGCCUUUCAGGAAAAUGGGUGCUUGGCAACACCGAGGAAGAUGAUACAGUUGAUCUUUUGCAAUCAGACAGGGUAGUCAGUAAAAUGGAGUCUAAUUCAUCAUCCGAGCCGAUGGAAGUACAGCUUGAGCCACUUAAAGGAUGAGAUACUCUUUUCAUUAUACAUGUCGAGAGAGAGGAAAAAAAAGAUUCUAGUUCAAAUUCUUUAUAGGUAGAACAAGCGGAUGAUAUACGUCUCAGGAUAUAAGAGGGUUCAGUUCAUAUUCUUUUUUGAUAUAAGGAGAUGGUGAGAUUCCCAUCUUUGACUUCUUGAGAGGUUGUUGGCCCUGAAGAUCGUCCACUACAACGAUGAGUUGGCUCCAAUCUUCUUCAAGGAAAACAGAGCAGGUACGCUACUUACUAUUCUCCCCUUUAGCUGUUACCCUCGUAUAUAUCGUGUGCUUUGAUAUCGACGUCAACCUGCAUGUUAGGUCCAUAUUGUUUCGUUUCAGAUAGGUGUUGGCACUCGGUCAGAUCUGGAUCCCUUGUUGGUUGGCUUGCCACCUUGUUAAGAAACCAGGGUUAGGUGAUGUCUGGUGCAGGGGCAAAAUCAGCAGCAUGUUACAUGAGUCCCUUUGUCCUCUAGGUUCUCUGGUCUUGUCUUUGCCAUGAAGCCUAGUGGCCAACAUGUUGCAGUUACACAAGUCCAGGCUUUGCUGAGUUUUUUAUGGCCCAAAUGAACGGGAAAGUUCUUCCGGUUCAGGUGGAUGCAGCUGCUGUUCUGGAGUUUGGAUUUCUGGCGUCUAAACUGUUGAUAGCAUUAUUAGAGAAACAAAGCCCAAGCUUGGCCUUGGAAGGACUGGACCAGAUAAGGGGAGGCUAUCCUCUAAUGGGCUUCCAUGCUUGAACAAUAAUGCGCUCUAUAUGUCAGAGCCUGGAACCACUGGCAGCAACACAUUUCAAAUCUGGAAUCAGUUUUAGCCAUGGUUCAAGGAAGGGCAAAUGUGCAUGUGUGUUUUAGGAUCUAGUAGUGGUCCUAAUUCCUAAAGGAAAUGACAGUGGGUAUUCCAGACAUAGAAAGGCCAUCAGGGUUGGGAUAAAGUGACUCUGAAAUCUUAUUUUUCUAGGAUAUGCUGUAAUGUUUUACCCUGACGGCUUUUAACUGUAUAUGUGAACUGCAGAUGAUAAGAAUCAUAAUAGCUCCUGCCAUGUUAGCUUUGCUUCUUCUGCA